GGGCAUGACCGGCUGCCAUUGCAGUUCCUUCCGAAAUAAAACCGAGUCAUCAUCGCUUCGCACCUUCAGCUUCGUCUCGCUCCGUAAAGUGUCGUUUCUCAGCCGACUAAAUCUCGAGACAAGAACGCGCUUACACCUGGUAUAUUUCGCACGCUCCCGAGCUUGUUUCAUCUUGAAUAUCUUCCGAUAAAUUAUUAUCGCGUAUUACGCUCUAUCGCGUCGUUACUAGCGCUCGACGGAAAGUGCGAGUGUGACAGAUGUUGCAUCACGCGCUUCGCAGUUUUGUUUAUACGAAAAUAUCCCACGGGACAGUAGCAGCAUAUUUUGACAGAACGACAGUAUACGAUUCACGUGUGUGUAGAGCGCAGCAGUAUAUAGCGCACACCUGCACGUGACCGUCACAAACCCCCUUAGCGUUUCUUUGUCCGAAAACGAGACUUCGUGUCCUCGAAGUGAACGGGUCAAUCGGCCACCUUCCACUCGAUAAGAGUAAUCUCGAAUCAAUCGGUCAGCCGAUUAAUCGGUGCAAAGUCUGAAAAGCCGGUCAGUAAAACUUGAGCGUCGACCUAACCUGACCUCACGUCCGUCAUAACCUAACCUUACCUCAGAUCUGUCAUAACCUAACCUUACCCGCCGCUCCCGGGGUUAGGCUCUCGCUGCAGCUGCAGUGACACUCGCAGGCGCGUGCUGCUUCCCGAGAGCAUCGCACCUAUAUAUUUAUAUUCAGCAGCAGCAGCAGCAGCAGCAGCAGAUUUUUUGCUCUUCGAACGAGACACCCUCGAGAGAGUUUUUCUCUCGACCAGCGGAGUACAGUGUCCAUGUGCGAUCGUCUCGGGCAACUCCAGUUCCUAACCUCCGCGUCAUCGUCCACGGCUUGCUCUACGACUCCGACAGCUCGAGGAAUCGUCGUUCGCUGUUGUUGUUGUUGUCGGUGGUGAGAAAAGUGGUGGUGCCGUGGCUCUACAAGAGGCUACAGGUGCGGCUGGCAGACGCAAGCGGCUUGAGAUGAGCGACCAUGGCUGCAUACACUUGAAUAACUUCAAAGCAGCCAAGGGCAUACAGCCCUACAAAGUCAUUCACUCGUUUUUCGUCACGAGCACGUCCAACGAGGCGCGCGUCAGGAAGGCUGUGAGUUGUCUCUGUCACACAUGCAAAACCUACAAGGACCGUCUGCACUCGUGCCUGCACUGCAUCUUCUUCGGUUGCUACGUCAAGGGCCACAUCCAGGAACAUGCGAAAACGAAAAAGCACUUUCUCGCGGUGGACCUGUGCUACGGGAACAUCUUGUGUUUCCAAUGCGGCGACUACGUGUACGACCGUGAGCUGCUCAGCGUAGCCAAGGCUCAGUGGAGCGAGACUGCGAAAUCCCUCAGUCUCGGCGAAUUCUACAGGACGUGGGAGCCGUCGGUCAACGAGGUCGAGCUGCUCAGGAAGAACCCGCGCAGGAGGCGGGUCGUCGAGAAUUCCACUAUAGGUCUACGCGGUCUGAUAAACCUGGGCAGUACUUGCUUCAUGAACUGCAUAGUCCAGGCGCUGAUCCACACGCCGCUGCUGCGCGACUACUUCCUGGCCGAUAGGCACCACUGCCCGCAGCCAAACCGCUGCCUCGUCUGCGAGGUCUCGAGUCUCUUCCAGGAGUUCUACUCGGGUAACAAGGCGCCGCUGAUCCUGCACAAGCUGCUCCACCUCAUCUGGACGCACGCUCGCCACCUCGCCGGAUACGAGCAACAGGACGCCCACGAGUUCUUCAUCGCCACCCUGGACGUGCUGCACAGGCACUGCGAGCAGUACUCGCAAGCGGCGCCUCUCAUCGUCAAGGACAAUCCGCACCACUGCAACUGCAUCAUCGACCAGAUAUUCACUGGAGGCUUGCAGAGCGAUGUCGUCUGUCAGGCUUGCAACGGUGUGUCAACAACGAUCGAUCCCUUCUGGGACAUCUCGCUCGAUCUGGGCCCCGCCGCCGUGAGCAGCUCGACCUCCGGCAUGGCCAACGACGGCUCGAGCGCGCCAACUUCCCUCCUCGACUGCCUCGAACGAUUUACACGGGCCGAGCACCUCGGCUCCUCGGCCAAAAUUAAAUGCAACAACUGCCAAACCUACCAGGAGAGCACGAAGCAACUCACGAUGAAGCAGCUCCCGAUCGUCGCAAGCUUUCAUCUCAAGCGUUUCGAGCACUCUAGUAUUCAAGAUAAAAAGAUCUCGACGUUCAUCUCAUUCCCAGAGCAACUCGAUAUGACGCCCUUCAUGUCGCAUCGGAGAAACGGCAACAACAACAGCAGCAGCGUAGCCCCAACUGGUUUGCACAAAAAUGGAGAGGACCCGGCUUUCAGUGACAACAGGUACUCUCUCUUCGCGGUUAUAAAUCACGAGGGCUCGCUCGAGACUGGACAUUACACUGCUUUCAUACGACAGCAACGCGACCAAUGGUUCAAAUGCGAUGAUCACCUCAUCACGAGGGCCAGAUUGAAAGACGUUUUGACGAGCGAAGGCUAUUUACUGUUCUACCACAAGCAGAUCCUAGAGUACGGCCGAAAUAGCAAAGUGUGAAAAAGUCUGACGUUGUGAUUUAUUAUUCGAAUACACAAGGAUUCCAAUUUUUAAGUAAUUUAGCGAUUAAGUUAGCCAACCGUCGAAUGAAACUGAUUUUCCGAGACGCGAAGCACGUAAUAUUUUCAGAGAGACGACGAGAACUGCUGACAUAUAUUCUCAGGAAAAGAGAAGAAGCCUGUAAUAAUUUUAUACAAUCAUAUUUGAACUGUUUGACUCCGUGCGUAAUAGUGUGAGCGGUUUAUUGCUAUAGAAAAUUAGCCUUAGAUUUUUUUUCUAACGUAGAAAUAUUUUCUGUUAGUCAAAAUGCAAAGUUAUGUAAUUUGAAUUGACAAACUUUUAUUUUUCCUUUUUUUUUUUUAUUUUUUUUGCCAGUAUAAUGUCAUACGAAAAGGAAAAGGAAAAAAACUAUUAAUGAAUUUUUUCUGUUAGACUCAUUAGAAACAGAACUAUUAGUUUUUAAGAUUCAAGUGAUUUUUUUCUCACUGCUAAUUUAUAUCCCGUAUUAACGCGUAUUACGAGGCAUACGACUUUCUUUCCUCAAACGCUAUAUAAAUCUGUAACGAUGUAUUUUUUCAUUUUUUUUUUUUUGUUGAUGUAAUCAUAACGAAAUGAAAUUGCGUGGAUAUCGAUGUGUGUUUAUUUAUUUACUGUGUUCACGAAAUAAUGUUGAUUGUAACAAUGAACAAAAACUCCUUGAAUGAAUUGACGUGAAAGAAGAAAAAAAAAAUAUGAUCGACAAAACGGGUUAAAGAAAAAAAAACUACGCCGCUCUUGUAAUAUUUUGUAUAAGGCUGACAAGAGUAUGUGCGAAAAUAAAAAUAUAUACCUAUAUUUAAAUACA